AUAGUCGUUUUAUAAGAGUUGAUCUGCGGAAAUUGUAUUGGAGGCAUUUUACAGUUCGUUUUCAUCUAAUUUCCACCGAUAGAUAGAUUUCCUGUGGGGUUGACGGUUUUAGAAAAAAAUCCGUUUCCAAUCGUUCUACUCAUUUUUUUUUUUUUAUUGAAGGGUAAAAAAUUAUCAAAAUCCUAUUAAUGAUAUAUUUACAUUCCCAUCCAAUUAAAAAUCUCCAUACAAGAUCUUAAUUGAAAAAGUUAACCAAUGUGUGAAUUAAAGUACCCUACUUUUAUCUAAACAAUGCAGUAUCACCUAUGACAGAUUACCGCUACUUGGCUUAUUAUGAUGAGCGAACGUUCAGAAGCAAAUAUAAAAUAUAUGUUUCAGAACGGACAGCACCAGUACCACUCCUAGCCGAUUAUUUUGGUCCGAAAUAAAACUACUUGUUUUAGUAAAAAUAUAACGAUUAAAACUGUGUGAAUAAGAAAAACGUGUUGGAUAUAAAGAAAGAUGUGAUCAAAGGAGUUCAUAUAUAAACAUCAACAGAUAAUAUGAUGUCAUAAUGUCGGGAGGUAAUUCUAAGAACAAAUCCCGCUCCAAGAAGCAGGAGGGCUGGGAAGAGGCUGGGGGGGAGUUCUACCAGGAGUUGUACCCCGGGGGGGAAGGGGAACUGUUCGAAAACCUCCAAAGAGCCGAUGCAGCGAAACUGGCAACACUCCUACCCUCGAAACAGGCUAGAAACACGACCACAGUCAAACGAGUCCGUUCCCAAAAUGAACGGCGACAGUCCACGUAUGCCCGGACGACCCAUAGCCGUGACGUACACUUGUCCAUGUUACCUGACCUCUCUGAAAACCUCUCAAAUGAAGAACGUACUUGGGAAGAAAUCAUGCAGAUUAAGGCCAUGCCAGUGCCCAUGAACCAGAAGAGAGAGAUAAAAGCAAAGCUACAGAACGCUACGAAGCUAAGACUCCAAGGUUUGGAGCAGUUGCAGUGGCGACAGAGGAAAGUUUGGCACCAGUUCAGGAUACGGUUUGGCGAAAUUGUGGGGAAAUUUGAAUUGUGGCAAUCGGCUUUGAGGGAAAUCGAGGGGAAAUUUGGCACGGGAGUGGUCUCGUUCUUCCUCUUCCUGAGGUGGCUGUUGCUACUAAACUUGUCCAUAUCGCUAUUCGUGAUAUUGUUUUUGAUAUUGCCCAAAGUUCUGCUAGUGGAAGUCGACUUUGAGUGUGUGGACUUUGUAGACAAUUCCACGGUGUGUUGCUCUCAAGUAUAUUUUCAGAGGAAUCUGACGGACAAUGUGGUCUUGGACCUCAUUCAGGGUACCGGUUGGAUGGAGAAGACUAUAUUGUUCUAUGGCGUGUACAGUAACCAGGUUCACUCGUAUUUCGUGAAGGCUUUCGGUGACGCCGAGAUGUUUUACAACAUGCCCUUAGCGUACAUAUUGGUCCCCAUAUCUUGGGCACUAUUUUCGUUGAUAGCGAUCGUAAAAACAGCAGCCAGAGGUUUCAAAGAGCGGCUGGUCGAGAGCGAGGGCCAGUUUUAUAUGUACUGUAAUUUAGUAUUCGGCGGGUGGGACUUCUGUAUACACAAUGACAAAUCAGCUAAAAUAAAACACAAGGCUCUGUUUAACGAGAUCAAAGGAUGCCUGGAGGAGGAGAGAUAUAAAGAGGAGAAACAGAUGAGGACGAGGGAGAGUCAGAUACUGAUGCACCUAAAGAGAUUCCUGAUUAAUAUACUAGUAUUGAUAAUAUUGAUCGCGUCGGGAGUUUUAAUAUACGUAGUGUUCAAUUACUCGACAAGAUUCGAAGAUUCUGUACAAAACUUUAUGCUAGUGAACCACACUGAGGCCCUACCGCUGAUGCAGUUCAAGGGGAACUCUUACUCGUUCAGUCAAUUACACAACACGCUGUUGGAGUUCCUGCCUUAUAUAGCGAUCGUGGUGCUGAACAUAAUCCUGCCCGAGGUUUUCGGCUAUUUGAUAAAAUUUGAAACGUACACGCCAGCUAACGCGAUAGUCAUAACCGUGCUCAGGACGGUCUUGAUGAGGCUGUCGUCGUUGGCGGUGCUGCUGAGCCAAAUUUACCUGCAAGUCACGAAUCCUGAUAGAAUCAAAUGCUCACCUGAGAACGAGGAGUACCGUUUCGAGUGCUGGGAGACCUACGUCGGCCAGCAGCUGUACAAGCUGAUCUUGACGGAUUUCGUCCUUCAGUUCGUCAUGACAUUCCUUAUAAACUUCCCCCGGGCCAUGCUAGCUCGUCACAGCGACAGCAGGUUCCUGAAAGUCAUCGGCACCCAAGACUUCUACCUUCCCAAACACGUGCUGGACAUCGUCUACAUCCAGACAAUAAUAUGGAUGGGUUCUUUCUUCUGUCCGUUCUUACCUAUAAUUGGCACAAUUUUCUGCAUUCUUAUUUUCUACAUCAAGAAGUUCACGUGUCUCAUUAAUUGCACGCCGUCGCCGAUAGUCUACAGAGCGUCUCGGUCUAAAUCUCUUUUCAUGUCCGUGUUGCUCCUCGGUUUCAUGAUAUCUAUCUUGCCUGUGGCGUAUUCCAUAGCGGAGAUAGAACCGUCUAUAACCUGCGGCCCGUUCAGAGGUUUCGAGACGGUCUGGGGCUUCGUCAUAGAAACUUUCGAAGGUUUUCCAUUUCUGAUAAGGGAGAUCGUGUUCCUUCUUGGUACAUCUACGUUCGCUGUUCCGGCUUUCGCGAUAUUACUCUUUCUUCUAUACUACUACUGGGCCGUCGCCGCCGCUAACAGACAUAUGGUGGAAGUUCUGAAGAAUCAAUUAGUUCUGGAAGGACACGACAAGCAGUUCCUUCUGAACAGACUGAGCGCGUUCAUAAGACAGCACCAGAAAAGAUGUGAGAGAAGAAAUCGGUCCGAUGAAGAUUCUUCUGUCCAGCACAGUUAUAGAUAAAAUAUUAUAUUACUGUCGUUUCACAUUCCUCUGAGAGCCACAGAAAAUCCAGAAUAAACGAAUAGAAAAUUACUUAUAACAUAACACAAGAUAAUUAGAAAAUUUUAACCGAACCUAGUCAUUUAGAUUUAUUUCCGUAUUUUCCGCAGCAGCUCUCUCACAAGCAACAAAUGUAUUUGUAAAUAGCAUUUACUAGUACAACGUACUGUUUAGUUUAAGUGAUCUCAGUUUAUUUUAUUUAGUGUAAGUUUAUAUUAAUAAUUUUCCAAUGAAGUCACUCCGAUGUUCCUAGACUCACUUGACCGAGGCAACUGUAAGUUAUGGAAAAUAUAUUUAUACAUUUUAGUUUCCGCUCAUUUUGCACUGAAAAAUAUAUAAAAGGUCUGACAUUUAACCGGAGAUGUUGUAAGAUUUAAUCCAAUGUCAUUCUUAGCUGCAGGUCCCAAAAAAAAAAAAAAAAUUGUGUCUAAGAGAUCUCGAUGCCAUAGAUUUUGAUACUAUAUAUAGAGAAAUAAAAUAGUUUAAUUAGAAGAAUUUAGAUAAUGAAAGAAUAGUUAAAUUCUAGAAAAAUAGUUGUAAAUAUAACAAUAUAUAUGCCAGUUAUGACUUUAACCAGAUCAAUUGUAGUAUGUGCUGAAUAAAAGAGAAGUCUCGCUAACGAACGCAGUCUAUUUGAAAAUAAUGUGACAAAAUUGUAAAAAAUAGUAUAGAUUUUAUAUAUAUGAUACUGUAUUUUUAUGCGAGACUGAAUUGUAUGAGGUGAUGGGACACAAGUCCAUCUUAAUGUAACGGGCGUUACCCAUCAACACUGCCAAGUAGCAAUCAGGACCCAGAACAUAUUUAAAUAAACCUAUGUAUCUA